AUGAAACAGAAUUCGUUCCGCGAGAGUCCAAGCCCUGCUCAUCGCUCUUCCAGCGGGGCAGAAGGGCGUUGGGGUGGCGAGGACGAAAUGUUUGUCAAAACAUCGUCUCCAAGAUCACCUUCCAAAAAACAAUCAAGCUCGGCACGAAACUCUCAUUCAAGAAACCAUACCUGGACUACCAGGGAUACUUCGCGGAGCAAACUCUUCGGAAUGAGUGAUAACCAUCGCCAACCACCACAGCAGCUAGCAAACAUAAAGCAGCAGUGGAACGCUCAGCGCGAUAUUCCUUCCGGGGCCGUUCGGAACAACCGUUUCCUACCAAAGCGCGAACCUUCACCACCAACCUCCCCACAGCUAGUGCAUCAAAAGAAGCAGUGGGAUACUACUGGUAUUCCCCGAGGAUCUGUGUCGUCAAAAGCUUUCCUGAUGAACAAUGGUGAAGAAUUGCUGGAUGAAUAUCGAUUAUCAUCGCCCAGAAGAUCACAGCACUUCGGAGGCCGAAGAUCAUUAAGUUCUUCGGGUCGUGAUGACGCAGAGGCACGGGUAUACCCUUUCUCUCCAAGAAUUUCGGCAUCUGCAUCCCCAGUGCAUCUGACGAAGAAGCAGCAGACAUCGCAAAGCGCCGAUCAACAAUGGAACCAAAGCUCCCUGUAUGGAGGAUUCGAGACGUCUAGACCAUCACCUAACAGCAACUGUGCAUCCCCGCGCAAACAGUUCAGUGAUGAACUAGAGAUUCAAGAAGGAACCAAAUGGAGACAGCAUUCCUCGUUGUCCAGGUAUCCAGUCAUGGAUUCAUCACAAAUGGCCAGGACUACAGAAUAUUCGUCGUCACAGAUGGUACAUGGGCAAAGCUCACGCACUUUCGAAAAGAAUCCAACCAGCGAGUGGGAAGUCCAUUUGCCACACCUUCAAAACCGCGUAGCCCCAACAAAUCACACUUCUGAGCCCUUUUCUGGUUGGAAGCCAUCUCAGGAAAUUCGGAAAGGCACUGUCAAAGACCGUGUAAUAUCUCCAUUAGGAGGAACAAACACUUCCAGUUAUUGCGUUUCAAGAGCAGUCCCAAAACUUACCAAACAAGCAAUGGCUGAGGAAAUGGAUGACGAUCCCUGGAUCAUCCCCCCAAAGGCAAAAGCGAAUGUUUCGGUUGGAGAUUGGGGCCACGCGGUUCAGUCAAAGUCAGAUGACUCGGAAGAAUGGGAAAAUCCAAACACGGACUGGUUGCAACCCAACAGGGCGAUUGAUACAGCGGAUGUGAAGAGUGAAUUAUUUGAGUCCCGGGAGGAGAUUUCCUCGCUUCUCCGUGAUAAGGACGUGGUAAUGACGGCAGCAAGCAAGAAGAAUCUCUUCGAUGCUUUUGGUCAGCCACUUCACGACACCAAUGAUCGGGAUAUGGAUAUAGUGAUGGCUGCGAAGAGGAAAGGUCAAGGCUCGUCUCGCGUGCAUGACAUGUUAGGAAGUGACAAUGGCUUUUCAGCAGCUUUUCUUGAUGAGGACUUUGAAAUACAGGCCUUUCCAGACAAUCCGUUUGAAUCUUCGUUUGCAGACUUGUGCGAACCGAACAAACUGUCAGAUCCUGAACCUCCCGCAUCUAGUAGUGGCUCCAGCGAUGGUUUUGAAGAUACCUUCUACGACGCCGAGCCAACAUUCGACGACGCUCCAAAAGAGGUGGAGACUUCCUACAUUGUGAGGACAGAUGCAGCACCAAUUACUCAAGUUGGAGAACCAAAGAGAGAGCGUAAAAGCAUUUUCAAUAUAUUUGGCAGUGUUAGAAAGGACAAGGAUGCAAAGAAGACAAAACCAAGAUUCUCAUUUGGGUCUACUAACAUGGGUAGCAGAAGAACUCCCACAAAAGCUGAAAACGACCACCGGUCCAGACCACCAAGCAAGCAAAUGACUGAUUAUACAACGGAAGAGCAGCAGAAAAAGAGCAUGAAUAUGGGACAUCGGGGAGCGGAUUCCCAUAAAAGUCAAUCUUCGAAGGUGAACCAAAAAAGUGUUGUUCAGCAUAGAAUGGAAUCGUUGACUGCCCGAAAGCACCAUGUGACUUCGGGCCCGUUUUGUGCCGAAGACAGUCAACAAAUUGAAAGCGGAAAGAGAUGGGAGGCGCUGGUUCCGUCAACGAGUCCAACUGAGGUACAGGACACUGAGCGAGUCACAAUAAAUUCGCCAAAAAAUACAAGUACUCUCAAUCAUCCCCUAACAUUGCAACAGGAUCAGCUUGAACAAAUAUAUGAUGGAGAAUUGAGCCAGAAGAACCCAUUGUGUACUGAAAGGGAAUCCACAGUGUCGACUGCCAGCCCUGACCUGCAGGCUCAAAUCGAGAGGAUAGCAGACGACAGAGACAAUCCCAACCGGAAAGUUCAGGUCGUUGCUCAAACUGACUCUACGAUUGAGACUUCUCCAAUCAAUGGAUAUGAAUCUGUGCAUCCAGAUUUGAAUGGCUUGAUAACGGGUAGCAGCGAAGACUCAGACAGUGUCGAAUCGAGGGGAUUGUUGAAUACCGGUAUGGUGGAAACACAGCGUCCUUCUAAGAUUUUACCAUCUGGGACAGACAGGAAGAGAAAAACAGAAAAGCUGCGAAGAUACGGAGAAGUAAAUUCCCGAUUCAAAGAAUCCAUCCUUCAUGAGAUAAAUUCUUCGAAACCUAGUCACUCCCAUUCAAGAACGCUGAAAAACAGUCGAUACACCAAGGAAGUGCAAGACCGAGGUAUUCACUUCGACCCAAAGCCAACAAAUGGCUCUCGUCAUGCAAAGAUCAAGUACAACAUUGCAGGGAGUAAAGUCGCAAAGAGACACGAUUUAGAAGACGGUCCUUCAACGAAUAAAAAGCGCUCAAAAGCUCGAAACUACGCAAGACAAAGGGCUGGAUUUAUGGUUGGCGAUGUCACCCACUCAAACUCGUCCGAAAGUGUAGAAUCUGUUACCCUUGCCAGCGUUGGCUCCGAUAUCAGAGUUUUGCGAACAAUCCUUCGGAGACCAAGAUGUCCCCCAGUCGCAGAGGUUUCAUCUCAGAGCAGAGGGGGGUUUCCAACCUUUGAAGAAGAGAUUUUGGACCCAAUGCAGCAGGCUGGACUGAAGAUGCUUUCUGCAACAAUCAUACCCAUGCAAGCACAAGUUCGUCGUUUCCUUGCAAUGAGGCGCGCGUUGACUCGAAUGUGGGCAUUGAUUGUCAUUCAAGCUCAUACUCGUAGAUGGAUUGCAGAAAAGCAUUACAGAAGCACGUUGCAGUCGGCCAUUACAAUCCAAGCAAUCGUUCGAGGGCACCUUGCAAGAGACGACUUGGAUUUCAAGCAUGUUUGUGCGAUCGAGAUUCAGAGAGUUAUGAGAGGGUACAUGUCGACCAUGAAAGUUUACGAAGAUAUCUACAAGAUUACCGUCAUUCAAAGCUAUGUUCGCAUGAAACAAGCCGUGGACACAGCCAGCUGGAAAAUGGCUCAUAUUGUCCAGCUUCAAUCUGUGUUCCGUGGGUUUCUGGUUCGUCGUAGACAAGAAUAUCAGCAGAUUUGUGCCAUUGCUAUCCAAGCAAACUGGAGACGCUUCUACCAUCGCUUGAACUAUCAGUUCGAUUUGCUGGACAUUAUCAUUGCCCAGAGUGUAUUGCGGAAGACAAUGGCAAAAAAAAAGGUAGAGGGCAUACGACGCGGCCGCCUUGACAAGGCAGCAGCUGCGAUCCAAAGCAAAUGGCGCCAGAUCCGAUGCACUUUGCUAUAUGUGCAAGACAUGGCAGACAUCCUAGUUGUGCAAAGUACAUUACGAAGAUAUCUGGCAAGAAAACGUACCAGAUUGAUUCGUGAUUAUUGGGUAAUCCCUGCGCAAGCCUAUGCCCGUGGGUACCUAGGCCGGAGGGCACUUGAAAAGCACCGAGCAGCUAGAAAGAUCCAAAGCGCGUGGAGAGGAUUUGUAAGCUAUGCUGACUACAUGUUUUGCAUUGCAGACAUUGUGAAUGUUCAGAAGGUUGCUCGAGCUUGGUUGGCUAGACGUGAAGCUAACCACGCCCGCGAGCUCAACGCCGCAGCAACUACUAUUCAGUCAGCUUGUCGCGUGGUUCUCAGUAAAGCCCAAAUGAGUCGCGUAGCUGAGGUAAGGGAGAUGGAAAAGCUAAGUAGAGAACUUGCAAAGAGAGAGGCACGAGCCGUCACUUUGAUUCAGACUGUAGUUCGAGGGAUGCAGACACAGUCAGCGUACAUUGCAUUCAGGGCGGCUAGAAGAAUACAGACAUUCUGGAGGUGUAGGAAUCUGAGCAAUGCGUACAAAUAUUAUCGAGCAGCCAUGACAAUUCAGGCAAGUUUCAGGGGCAUGAAAUCACGCAAAGAGACAUUGAUCUUGAGAGGCGAAAUUCUGGCAGCAACCAUAAUCCAGAGUGCAUGGAGAGGCUUCGUAUCAUACACUGAUUACAUCUUCACAGUCUCUGAUAUUAUCACAGUACAGAGAGUUUUCCGAGGUCACAUGGCACGGAGGACGAAGGAUGGUACCAAAGUGCAGCAAGCUCUACAAAAGCGACGACAAAAGAUAGCCGCCUCUACAACAAUUCAAAAGGGAGUUCGCGGUCUCUUGGACCAACAGCGCUACUGGUACACACUGGGAUGCACGAUGCAAGUGCAGAGCUGGAUGCGUGGAAGACUUGUAGUGUUGCAGUUCCGACGGGAGGAGAAGGCUAGGGUGAAAUUGCAGUCAUCCGCACGCCGUUUCCUAGCACGACAAGAGUAUGUACAAAGGAAGUUCAUAUUCAUGCUUAUCCAGACUGCGGAACAAGAACGAUCGAAGAAAAUUGAAGCACUCGUAAUCCAGGAACAGGCACGAAAUGAAGUGGACGAUAAGAGAAGACACAAUGCAGCGCGCAUCAUUCAAAGAUUUUUCAUGUCAGUUCGGGAAGAAGUUGAUCAACUCGUUCGGGCUGCAAAGCGCCGAAAGAACUGGAGGAAGAAGAAGAGUUCAAGGAGAGAAUGCGGAGAUGAGAAUGGAGCUGAUGAUCUAUUGGAAGGCGCUUGGCUCGAUGCCGCGUGCGACAGCAACCUUGAAAAUGAUCCUUUUCUGGCUCAAACUAUUGCAAAUAUUGGUUCAAAGCUCGAGUCAAGAGGUUCCAACAAAAUGAUUGGUGUGGAUGGUAGCCGUCGAUCUGUUGGGAAUUGUAGCAAUGAGGAUUCGAGUAAGAGCCAUCAAACAUCGAAAAAGAAUCUAAUACCUCCUUCGAAGUCGAGCACAUCAACGCAAAACGAAUUUUCAAAGCUCACUGGGUCCCAGACUACAUUUUAUCGCCUCCCCCUAGCUAGGAUGAGAAGGAUGGACUCCAGAGAGAUGAACGAGGACCUCAAAUUGGAAGAAGCGUUCAUGGAUACAAAGAUUUCCAAUGCCAGAAAACGAAGAAUUGCUAAGAAGCAAACUACAACAGAGUGUAAAAAGUAA